GCUCUAAGUUCCCUGUGCCGACAAGGGCUUGCAGUCAUGAAGGUCAAGGUGAAAUUUUUGCUGCCAAAGAACAAUCUUCAGCUUCUUUCUUCCAAAGUCCAGAUGCCACUGUGUUCCUAUGAUCAUAUACCGGGGUAUGACAUUUUCAGUGAGGAUGUUGAGACAUUGAGGGACGAAUCAUCUAUUUCAAAUGAUGGUUCCAUCGCAUUGUUUAUUCGCAUGCUUGGGGUAGACAAUGAUCCUCAGGACAGAGAACAGGCUGUUGUCGCUCUCUGGAAGUACUCACUUGGUGGAAAGCACUGCAUUGAUAGCAUCAUGAAGUAUCGUGGAACUGUCAAUCUCAUUGUGAACCUUUUAAAAUCAGAAUCGGAUUCUGCAUGUGAAGCAGCUGCUGGACUUCUGAGGGUGAUAUCAUCAAUUAAUCUGUACAGAAACUUAGUAGCUGACAGUGGUGCAAUAGAAGAGAUGACCAGCCUGUUGACACGUUCUUCCUUGUCUUCUGAUGUGAAGGAGCAGAGCAUAUGUACUCUGUGGAACUUGUCUGUAGAUGAGAAGCUCCGUGUGAGAAUCACUAGCUCUGAUAUCCUUCCUCUACUUGUCAAGUUCUUGGAGGAUGAAGAUAUCAAAGUUAAGGAGGCUGCUGGAGGAGUUUUGUCUAAUUUAACGUUGAGCCAGUCAAGUCAUAAACUAAUGGUUGAAGCUGGAGUUAUUCCGAAAUUGGCGAAUCUCUUGAACGCUAAUGAGGAGGACUCUAAAGUCAUUAGGAAGAUAGCAAGAAAUGCAUUAUUGGAACUUGCUAAAGAUGAGUAUAAUAGAAUACUUGUCAUGGAGGAAGGUCUGGUUCUGGUGCCCUUGGUCGGUGCAGCAGCCUAUAAGUCUUUUAGACCAGCUUUGUACUCAUGGCCUUCUUUGCCUGAUGGUACAAAGAUUGAACAGAGCUCAAAAGGGCCUUCCAGAUAUGGUGCAGCUGAACUGCUACUUGGAUUGAAUGUUGAAGACAAGAAUGUGGAAUUAGAGGAGGCAAAGAUGAAUGCAGUAGUUGGACGCACACAGCAACAGUUUCUUGCUCGUAUGGGGGCAAUUGAAAUUGAAGAUGAUACUAAAUCUAAUGGUGAAUGGUCUUCCGGUCAGAGGGUGACGCUUUUGCCAUGGAUGGACGCUGUUGCACGUUUGGUUUUAAUUCUCGGACUUGAAGAAGAAUCAGCUAUUGCCAAAGCUGCAGCAUCAAUUGCUGAUGCAUCCAUCAAUGAACAUAUGCGUACCUCGUUUAAGGAGGCUGGUGCCAUCAAGCAUCUUGUUCAGUUUAUUGAUCAUCCUAGUGACGCUGUUAGAUUGGCCGUGAUUCGAGCUUUGGACAGGCUGUCCAUCAGCAAUAAUGUCUGUCGGACAAUUGAAGCAGAAAAUAUUUUGCACCCUCUCACAAAUUUGCUGAAGCAGUCAAAGUCAGAGAUCUCUCAUAGCUUGACAGCAAUGAUACUGAACAUUCUUACUCGGAUUUUAGACCCUAACAAAGAAAUGAAAUCAAAGUUUUAUGAUGGAACGGUAAAUGGGUCAAAUAAAGGAUGGGAUGUGGUGAGGCAUCCAGCAUCAGCUCAUGGGAAUGACAUGAUCCCCUCAGAACUAGCCUCCAGAAAUAACCACUUGGACAGAAGACAAACCAUUGCUGGAGGAGACCCUGUUGAUUCGACUUUCCUCUCUUGCCUUGUGGAUAUCUUGAAGACAUCAAUCCCCGAUUUGCAGAGAAAAGCUGCUUCGAUCCUAGAGUCCAUUGUGGCGAUUGAAGCUUGUGUUGAACAGCUUAUCUCAGCUGAUAUUGAAUCAGGACUAGAAGCAGUUUUUCGACAGAAAUCUUUAAUAGAGAUGGAGUACAGGACUGAGGGUGACAAGCCAGACUUGCAAAUUCUGGAAUUGGAAGAAGCCGGUCUAGCACUAUCCGCAGCAUCACGGUUACUUACAAAAUUGCUCGAUUAUGAACAGUUUCGCCUAACUGUGAAUUGGCAUCAAUUUACAAGGUUGCUUCAUGCAGUCCUCAUAUCUAGCAUUCCUCUUCAGAACAAAGAGUGGGUUGCUGCUUGCCUUGUUAAACUCGGCAGCCUAUCUGGUCAAAAUUCAGACUUUGAGAAUCCAAUUAAUAUGGAAGUGGCUCUUUAUGAAACGAUUCCAAGGUUGAUAGAACAGAUCAAAAGUUCAUUUUCCCCUGAAGUCCAGGAAGCCGCUGUUUUAGAGCUGAACAAAAUAAUAUCUGAAGGGAUGAUAGAUUCAACCAGAGCCGUCGCCUCUGAGGGAGGAAUUUUUCCAUUGGUGAAGCUGAUGGAAAAUGGCAGUGACCGAGCUGUGGAAGCCAGUUUAGCAAUACUCUAUAAUCUAAGCAUGGACAGCGAAAACCAUGCAGCAAUUAUAGCGGCUGGAGCCAUUCCAGUGUUGAGGAAACUUGUGCUUUCACAAAGAUCGCAAUGGAUGCGUGCUCUUCGCUUGCUUAGAACGUUACCUACUUGAUGGAAUAAGAUCAUAAGUCAAAGAAGUUGGCUGUGAAUCUUUUUGGCCAUUUUUGGUCUACAUGAUGUACGAAUUCAAUGUGAAAUUUUGUCAUUGGAGGUGGACUGUAUCUCUCUACUUUAAUUUGAUAUAUUUCAGAUGUAGAAAAUAUUGGCACUGUAGAUGGGAUAGUUGUCAUGAGGAAGGGCGGUUACAUUGUAGCAAGUGGAAACUUGUAUUAAAAAUUUUAGCUAUUUAUUAGAUUUGCAAAAUUGGUUCUUU